CCGAGUCGAAACAUCAAGAAUUUUUGGCAGCGCACACGGGAGCCUGCUAAUAAGUUAAUUUUAGCAAACAGAGGGGUGGCAAUGUUGCGCGCUCGCUGGCACAAAACAAAGCUCAGUCUCCUCUGGUUUGCUUUGACUAUUUAAUCGAUUCAUCCUAAUCUCGGGGAUUCGGUUCAGUUCCGUCUAUAAUAUUCCAUAAUCCAAAAUAAUUUGAAUUUAUUUAUAAACAAAGAAUAAAGUGAUCUUGUGUUCUCUCGUGUUCAUCGGCAUCGCGGAAAUGAUGUUCCAGAAGCUUGUUUAGAAGUUAGACAUUUCUGGGCAGUUGGCCAAGUGUCGUGGGAUUUUCUUGUUACCCAUAAAUGAGUGAUAUAACACGCUUUCAUUACCAAUGUUUAUUUUGUUGAAAGAUGCGAAAAACUGUACAAAAUUAAUUCAUAUCGACAAUGGCGAAAAAGUGUCCUGUCCGAUCACUAGGGGAUAUAUGUCUGGCGGAGUUAGCAAACCUGGUGGUGUCCUCGAUCGGAUACUCCCUGCAUCCUGAUCUUGACAAUGACAUUACCGUUACCAUGGUCGAAGUUAACUCGUAUCUGGAAAAUUGCGGUGCAACAAGUGAUAUUUACCAAGAUCUCUUGCGCAUUAUUCUCGCCUCAGACUACCUAGAGGCUUCGAUUCGCUUCACGUGCCUUCAGAUGUUGCUCAAUGGGAGCGUCCAGGUGCUCAUUACCGAAAUAUUUCCGUAUUCCUACUAUGAAAAAAUUCUCCAAGUGAUUGCUGCUCAGGGAUCAGGCCUGCGAACAUUGAACCUUAAAGGUGUCUGGGUCAAGGAGGAUCACAUGCACUACAUGUUUGAAAUAAUUCGAAAAUGCCCCAAUCUCACCAAACUUUGCAUCCCCUACAUUGCAAACGACGACCUUCUCGAUGUGGUAGCGAAGUACAGCAAAAAGUUAAGGAUAGUAGACGUUUCUGGCGAGACUGAUAUAACCGAAAUUGGCAUCGAGUCCCUUUGUAAGGGACUAUCCGCAUCAAGGUUGACAAUGGUCGACAUCGGGAUGCUCGGCGAGGAGAACAUUUGCCACUCGGACAUUGCGAUGCUCUUGGAAAAUUGCCCAAAUCUAGAAAAUCUUGCCACGUACUCGUUUGUGGGCCAGGCGCUGAAAUUCGUCCACGAUAAUGUGGAUCAGAACUUCAAAAGUCGCUUGAAGUAUCUUCACGACACCAAAACUGAUAUUGAGACACUAGAAAUAAUUGCAAAAACCUGCCCCAACUUGGAGAGCAUUUAUCUUGAUUCACCCAACCACGGAAUUUUACAUAAGCUAGACGGCACCCCAUUGCAAAAGUUAAAGAUUUAUAAAUUCUACUGUAACGAACUCAUGGAUCUUCUGGAACAUAUUGGCGGGAGCAUGGUCCACUUGACGGCGAUACGUGGUCAUGGCGUCUUGGAACUGGGCCGUUUGGCACGACUGGCCCCUGGUUUGGUGGAUCUCGACUGUUACAUGAUGGACAUGCUUUCAUACAAUAUUGACUUAAGAUUUGAUUGUUUACAAGGCCUUGAGAUUCUAAGCAGUCCGAUUAGCCUGAUUUCACUGAAACACUUCAUAUGUAGAUCGACAACACUAAGGAGAUUGGCGAUCGACACAAUUGCCUUUGGCGAUGAGGACAUGAUGAGCAUUUUCGGGGAACACGAGUUCGUUUUCCUAGAGGAUAUCUGGUUCACAUCCGCGGUGAACCUAACCAUCGCUACCGUUGAGCUCCUGAUGGAAAAGUGUCCAGAACUACAAAGCAUAGGACAACUAAGCGGUUGGGCACUAACCCCAGACGACUUGGCUUUGAUACGAGGACUACUGAAAAGCGGAAAUUCAUGUCUUAACUUAACAACGCACGCACGAGACAAUCUUUCAUUAAACAAUAUGGGAAUCGAAGAGGCUUGGUGAAAUGUGAAUUAUCCAAAGUGUAAAGUGAAUUUGUUCGUAAAUUUAUUCUAAAAUUUUGUACAUAAAUCUUUUAUUUACCAAUUAGAUUAAUAUAUUUCAACA